UCUACAUCUAGUAGCCACAGUUGUACAGUAGGAGGCAUAUACUACAGAGUUUGUGUAGCUUAUUAAACCAGUUGAAAACAAAUCGUAAAAUUCGUCUUGGUGGUUGAUGAAAGUUUGUUAUAACUGCAAUGGAAGUUCUGCCAAAAGAUGCCCCCAGUAAAGAGUUUGAUUCUGAUGGUUAUCAAGUAAUAGAUGGAAGUGUAUUAGAAGGUGGUGGCCAAAUCUUAAGAAACGCUGCAGCUUUGUCCUGCAUUUUGGGAAUCCCCAUUAGAGUUAAAAAUAUACGAGCUGGACGAGACAAACCUGGUUUAAGACCACAACAUCUAUCAGGGUUGAGUUUAAUUGCCAACUUGUGUGGAGGUAGACUGGAGAAUGGUUCUGUUGGUUCCUGUGAGAUAACACUCAAGCCUGGUCCAAUUGGAGCUGGUCAGUUUAUUGCUGACACUAAAACUGCAGGGAGUAUCUGUCUGUUGAUGCAAGCAGCCGUGCCUUGUUUACUCUUCUCCCCAGGCCCCUGCACGCUGGUACUUAAGGGUGGUACAAACUGUGAUAUGGCCCCACAGAUUGACUAUACCACAUUGAUAUUUAAACCUAUUGCUGAAAGGUUUGGAAUGCAUUUUGAUGUUGAUAUAAAGCGAAGGGGAUAUUACCCUAAGGGUGGAGGAGAAGUUGAAGUGAAAUCCCAGCCUGUAAAAUAUCUUGUUGGUGUCAGUGACAGUCUCACCCAACGGGGAGAACUUGUACUUAUCAACAGCCGAUCAUUUGUUGCUGGCAAUCUUCCAGCCCACCUCUCCAACAAAGUAUCUCAAAGUAUCAGCAGGUCACUGAAACAGAAUUUUCCCAAAGUUGAGUUAAAACAGCAAAGCUUAAAAGAACCUGACGGUGCAGCUAUAGGAUCUGGCCUAGGAACAAUAAUAGUUGCAGAAACAAGUACUGGCUGUCUGUUUGGUGGAUCUGCAUUAGGAAAACCCAGGUCUCCAGCUGAAGAAACUGGUGAAGCAGCUGCAAGGGAGAUAAUUGAAGCUCUUCACAGUGGAGGUUGUGUUGAUCAGUAUUUACAAGAUCAACUGAUUUUACUUAUGACAUUAGCCAAAGGAACAACAAAAUUGUUGUGUGGACCAUUGACACUACACACAAAAACAGCUAUACAUGUAGCUCGUUUAAUGACUAAAGCUGAAUUUACAGUAGAGAAUCUAGAACAGAAUAAAUUCUUGAUUACCUGUGAAGGUAUUGGUCAUCUCAACACACACCUGACUGAAGCUUAGUUUGUUGUUUUUACUUUAGACUCUGAUUGUUGGAUAAAUAAAAUUUUAUCAUUGUGAAUCUAAACCUCUCUUGAAAUGAUGCAUCUGUUUUCGUG